GCGGAGGAGAAAAUACAGACAAACGCUUCAAUACUGAGAGACAGAAGAGGAGAGGGAGAGAAAGGAAGGACGUGAGUGUGUGUGUGUGUGUGUGACGGGAGGAGAAAAAACGGAUGCUUGUUGUCAUGAGGCACUAAAUGCGAGCACAGCACCGAGGAUGAUGCACAAUGGAGCAUCUCACACACCGCGUUUAAUUGCGGUUUAGAGCGGCGAAGAAGAAGGAGGAGGAGGAGGGAGAGCACAACAAGGAAGGAGAGGAGACGCUCUUUUAUUAUUAGGGGAGAAGCGGAGGGGGGAGGCAGAGACGGUGUGAGCCCGGAGACGGCACAGACCGUGGCGGGGGGGACGUCGGGAGGAGGAGGAGGAGAAGAGAGGAGGACACGGACACCGACAGACGGCAGCGUCGCUCGGAUGCUGUUGUUGUUGUUGCCGUUGCUCGGGACACGGAGACGAUGCGGCCACACUGCUGGGUGAUGGUGGCGCUGGCGGGGACCAUGUCAUACCUCAGCACGGAGAGAGCGCUCGGAGCCCCGCAGAGGGAAGUUUCUCAGCCAAGGGUUGCUUCCCUCUCUCCUCCACCCUAUGUCGUCAUCCUCAUCUCGUGCUCGGGGCUCUUCUCUUUUGUCCUGUUGCUCCUCACCUGCCUGUGCUGUAAAAGAGGAGGAGUGGGAUUCAAUGUAAGUCUUCAACAUGAGUUUGACAAUGCAGAUGGGGAGGAGUGUUCUGGAGGCUCCAGUCCCAUCCAGGAGGACAGCCUGUCUUCAUGUCCCUCCCUCCCUGAGGUUUACACCUUACCAGUCAGAGACAGGCCCCACUGUCCCACCCUGCAUGACAGAGAAGACUCUAAGUCUCAGUGCUUCAAAAGACACACUUUAAACUACCUGCAGGAAAUAGGAAAUGGCUGGUUUGGAAAGGUGAUCCUGGCUGAAGUGCUCUGUGACUGCAGCUCAUCUCAAGCUGUGGUGAAGGAGCUGCGUGUCAGUGCCAGCCCUCUGGAGCAGAGGAAGUUCUUGGCUGAGUCAGAGCCAUACAGGAGCCUAAAACAUCCCAACAUCCUUCAGUGUUUGGGGCAGUGCAGCGAGAGCAUCCCUUUCCUUCUGGUUAUGGAGUUUUGUCAGCUGGGUGACCUGAAGCGAUAUCUGCGAGCCCAGCGCAAAUCGGAUGGGAUGACUCCAGACUUGCCCACCCGGGAUUUGUUGACUCUUCAGAGAAUGGCGUUUGAGAUCACCUCGGGUCUGCUGCAUCUCCAUGAAAACAACUAUAUUCACAGUGAUUUGGCUUUAAGAAACUGCCUGCUGACCUCAGACCUCACUGUUAGGAUAGGCGACUACGGCCUUUCACACAACCAUUAUAAGGAGGAUUAUUACCUAACUCCGGACAAACUAUGGAUCCCACUACGCUGGAUUGCUCCUGAGCUGCUGGAGGAAUACAGAGGAUCCCUCAUCGUUACUGACCAGACCAAGACUAGCAAUGUGUGGUCUUUGGGGGUGGUGAUAUGGGAAUUGUUUGAAUUUGGCUCUCAGCCCCACAGACACCUAAGUGACGAGGAGGUGCUGACCUUUGUGAUUAGGGAGAGGCAAAUCACACUGGCCCAGCCCAGACUCAAACUCUCCCAUGCAGACUACUGGUAUGAGAUCAUGCAGUCCUGCUGGCUACCUCCAUCUCAACGCCCCUCUGUAGCUGAGAUAUUCCUCCUCCUGUCCUCCCUCCUUGCCGCUGAGCGAGGAAUGGCCCGGGGGAGUGUCGGGGAAGAGGAUGAAGAAGACGAGGAGUAUGAGGAAGGCAGAGGGAGGAGAGGCGAGAGCGAGGAGUCGUUUGAAAGACGUUGGGACCUAUUGCGUCCACCUGCCUUCCAGACUGCAGCCAACGAGCGGCAAAGAGAGAGAGAGUAUGGCAUGGAAGACAACUCCUACCCCUUGCUGGACCCAGUGGGGAACUGUAUCACCCCGUCCUCGUCUGAACUGGAUGACAUCCUCACAGUCACCGAAACUAGCAAAGGAUUAAACUUUGAGUAUUUUUGGGAGAAGGCUCAUGCCAGACGAGGUUACAAACCUCUGCCUCCUCCUCAGCCAAUCCCCACUGUGAAUAAUAACCACAGACAGUCUUUGGACACGCCCACUGUGGUCCCGGUCAUAAGCGCUCGCAGUCCCUCUCUCGCAAGUGAGUACUACAUUAGGUUAGAGGAGCACACUCCCCAGGACAAGUCGCCAACUCUUAAAACAAAGGGACAGUCCUCUUUCCGUUCUGACUCGAUUUGCCCUGGAGACAUGGAGCUGGUGGAAAUCCGCAGUGGGUUGCUGGGUAAAGAGCGCGUCCCUUAUUGUUCCUCUGACAGGUGUGGAAAGGGCCUUCAGACGGUCAGAAGCAGUGAGGUUCAGUUUCAGGUGCCUAACACGGGUGUUGCAGAGUUCAGAGACAUUUCGAGCCGAGUGACCGACUUCUCUGUUGUCGAUCUGGGGGAUGACGAUGAAGAGGAGAAGAGAAGCAGUGAGGGAGAUAAAAAAUCCUCAACAAGUUCCCAAGCCCCAGUCCUCCCUCCCAAGCCUCGCUCUAUGUCCAUGUCAUCAGCCAACCACCUUCACUCACGUCCCCUCCCCGCCCCUCCUCUUGGAUAUCGGGGACUUCCUCACUACACCAUUAGUGGAAAAAUUGAGACAGACCCCCAUCACAUGAGCAGCUGCCCACCCUCUACUUUCAAUCACCUGGGACUCCAUCGCUCUCGGCAGACCCUACCACCAUCCCCGUCCCUCUCGCCGUCCCUUCCCCCAUCAAGCCAUCCAAUUUACCCUCAACCUUCUCACAUGUGUCCCCCACCUCUCCCUCCCCACUCCAAAUCGCAAAGAAGCUGCCCCAGCUACAACAUGGCUGACACUUACUCAAGAUACAGUAAGCCCCAGAUGCAGAGAUCCAAUAGAGACCCACUGUCCUGUGACUUGUCAGAUAGACAAAACGUCAACAGAUAUACAGCAUCGCUGCACAACUCCAAGGAGACUUCUCAUACACGUGUAAAAGCGUUCGAUUCCCCUGUUCGACGAGAAAACCCUUUUCGCCCGAUUUAUCGCAAUAUUCCCCGCCCUCAGAUGACAAGCACCCAGACUGAGCAGCAGUCUUCAUCCAGCCCCACCUACUCAGAUGAGGAUGACUCUCCCUUCAUGUCUCCCGAGAGACACAGUGGUGGGACUACUGUCACUCACUCCAGCCUGUCAGAAGAUGCAGACCCAGCUGCAUCAGAGCCCUUCUUCAGGGGAAUGAAACGAACUCAGUCACGCCUCGAUACCAUUCUGCCUGCCAUUUGGAAGGAAGAUGCUGAACUUCAGGCUGAACGUGUAGCCACAGUCAAAAAAUCCCCCAUGCAUCUGUUCCUGACAGAGAUAUCUGCUGUGACAGAGUCAAGCGAGUCCAAGUCAGAGGAGUCAUGGGAGAACGAGAAGGAGGAGAAAAGAGAUGGAGAAAGAUGGGGGGACUUUGUGCCACCCAACAGAGGGAUGCGCCGUUCCCAAUCACUGAUUACAGAACUGGGCUCAGCAGGGCAAUCAUGGGGGCCAGAGAAUCAUAUCAACAGGACAGGAGCUGAGGAGGAUUGUACUGUCACUAAAGAAUCAUUUCAAAGGGAACUUUUCCUCACAGAGAUCGACACAGGAAGGCUAGACACAGACGCAGAACAAGGAUCAGAAAGUGACCCAGUAAAAUACCUCUAUCCUGCAGGUUCAAGAUUGAAGCCGUGCGUCGGUACUGCAGGGCUUUCCUAUGCUGAGGCUGAAGAGGCAUAUUCAAAGGGUAUACGAAGGUCCCGGUCUCUGCUGUCUGAGAUCACCACUAGCAAGGAGGAGUCUGAUCCACAACAAACUGAGAAGGAGCAACGGAGACCUGAAAUGACUAGGGAGGAGUUCCUGAAGGAGAUCCAGUCGGCAGAGACUUUUUUGACUGAAAUAAUAUCCAGACAAAAUGCUACAACAAACAGGAAGGAAACAGAGUCAUCUUACUCCCCUACCCCGCUAUCACCAGAGUAUGAGUCCAUAUGCAUUGACCCAAAUUCCACUCAGACCAUUAGUUUUCAGUCAGAGAGCUCUUUACGAGCAUCCACCAAGGGCAAAGAUGAGCCACAACCUGAAGCCAUCUAUGCCCAGGUCACCAAGCGUGCUAAAAAGAGUGAGAUAAAGGUUUCCAUCAGACCUGAGAUCCCAAUCCUUCACAUAGGAUCAACUAAGGAAAAUGUAAAAGCAGACGUCCAAGAGAACAAUGCCGACCACUGCCAGUCUGAUGAAUUUGUGUUUUCAGAAAUCAUGCCCAAAAAUGGUUUAUUGCACAAUCAAACACUUGCAUGUCAGAGAGAAAAAGAGGAGUGUGUGGAUGGCCCUGCUUUACCCGCUAGAGGAGAGCAAACAGUUCUCUCAGAGGAAUCUCCUAUUGAAUCAUCUGAGUGUGUUCAAGAAUCCAACACUGUGAUAUUGCGUGAGAACCAAUCACUUUCCCCAAAUGAAGGAAGCACUCAAAAUGAAGCAGUCAUAGGGAAUGGUGAGAUAAUGAAAGACAACCUGCAGGCCGCAAGUCCUAAGAAAGGAGAUCAACUAUGGAGAAAGACUGAUACCAUGUCUUAUGAUGUAGAGAAAGACAGCAACCACACAGAUAUAGUUCAUGCAGUUCACAUCACACAUUCCAUCACAGCAGCUGAUUUAGAUAAGUGCACGGCUGAAAGCUUCUUAGAGAUGAGGAGAGAAACUGUAUUCCACCACAAUGACUGGGGUCAAGAAAAAUACUGUUACGUUGACCAAAAGGCAGCCACUCCAACCACUCCAGACUGGGACCCUUCCUCGGAUGUCUCACUGGUCACCCCCACUGACUCAGUCCUGUCACCAAUGACUUCCAGCUCAGCUGAUUGUCUCACACCUAGUGACUCAUGGACGGGAUCAGAAAGAGGAGGAAGCAGUGGGUGGCGAGCUCUUGGAAAUGAAACACCCCACCGAGACUCUGCCUAUUUCUCAGACAGUGACUUUGAGGGGGACGGGAUGAGCAGGAGGAGUAGUGAUGGACUUACUACAUCUAGGCCGAGCAGUGGACGAGGGGGUGAUCGAGAAAUACUCACAGGGAUUGAGGAAAAAACAGAGGAGGAGAUAGAGAUGGAGAAAAGCCCUUUACGAAUUAGUAUACAGAUGUUAGAUAGGAAAGGUGACACUAUAGAAACUGUAGAGUUGAUUGAGGAUAUCAAAUAUCAAAAUGCUUCUGAAAAUGACAUCUCUUGUUUAGGUGACGACAAAGAUAUUUUAAGCAAAGCGCUGGAGUCAACACAGAGAGACGAUCCGGCCAUUUUCCGAAACGAAAAUAAAAAGACAACAUUGCUGUGUGAUGAUCCCCAGACCAACAACUGUGUUGAUCUGAUUGAUACGUUGUUUACUAAUUUAGAUGAGGAGCCACUGAAAGGGCUGCCACACAGUGGUGGGUAUCCAUCAGACAUCAUCUCACAGAUUACAGAUCACAGAUACCAGGACUCUGCAGGCAACAACUCAAAUCUACAUUCCAAGAGUCUUGGUGACACAAAUAGAUUGAUCAAGUCUGUGUCUGGCAGUCCAUCAAAAGACUGUGUGUUAGGACCAAGCAUCAGUGAUCACACAAGUGUUAAAGAUGAUCUCUCUGGACUGAAUUCCCUCAAAUAUGAUGAAAAUGAAGCCGAGGAAACUGUGGCAGCAUCAAACAUUGCCAAUGGAGAGUCCAAAGUAUCUAAACUGUACAGUGUUCACAACAGUAAUGCCAUAGUCAUUGAUGAAACACCAUCUGUAGUUGAGUCCUUCACAGAUAAAGUGAGUGGACUUAUUCAUCCUUGGGCUCAGGAUGGUGUUGAAGAAAAACCUGGUCUAGACCACAAUGAGCUGGGCCUGAGAAAUCUCUGCUGCACAGAGGGCAGUGGGGACAGAAAGGUCACAACAGAGACGGAGAAGCAGCUGGUUGCUGCAGAGAUGAGCAAUGCCAUGAAGGAAAAGUCGCCAGUGAGAGGAGCAGCAAGUGGGUUGUUCUCUGCAAACAAAGGGAGUGAAGAUUCCUGUGAGGGGCUGGAGGUCAAGUCUAUAGAGUUAUGGAGUGCAAUGGAGGAGGAUGAAGGAAGACCAGGACCUGAUGUGGUUAGAGGGGAGUUUGACUGCAACCGUUUUUCACAGUCAGAGGACUUGCGCUUGUGGCCUGGUGAAAAUGACCAGUGGGCUUCUCCAGAGAAGAGGUGCCAAGACAUGGAGCUCAGAUCUGAGUUUUUCUCUGGCUUCAGUAAUAAGGCAUGGGAGGUGGGGGAAAGGUUGGUAGUGGGUCAGGAGUUUUGGGAGACUGAAGAAAACGAUGAACUUGCAGGAAGUGAGCAACACCCCGCUGUGCUGGGCGAACGUGAGGAAAUGUGGAAUGAUGAAACACAAGGAGUCGCUGCUGAUCUCAGCAUGGAGGAAACGAUGGACCAUAAAGAGAGUGACAACCAACCAACGGUCCAAACAGUAAACAUACAACAGGAGGAAAAUAUUGAGAAUCUAGUAGAAACUGACAGUUUUAACAAGGACACUGAAAGAGAACUCUCACAUAUUGAAGUGGAAAAUAUAGAAAUCCCAGUGCAGGAGAUCUCAGAGCAAAGAGACAGGCAGAUUUUAUUAUGCCCACACACUGUCAGGGACAGGGAAGGUCAACUAGACUCAGCAGACACAGAGGAGAAUCAAAAUUUUAACAGAUGGCCUCAGAAUAACCUCUACAAGAUCCAAGGGGAGGAGCAGGCAUCAGCUGAGCAUGUUGACAAAGAUACAGGCUCUGAUGUAGAAAAUGAUUUAAGACUCACUCUGAAUAAAAAUGCAAAUGUGUCUAUUUGCAUCACUGAAACUCCUCAUGGACACUUUUCAGACCUGGAAAAUCUUCAAACAGGCUUAGAUUCAGAGACUGAAAUCAUGAGACCACAGAUUUCCAGUGAGCACAUAGACGAUAGAAUUAGCAUUACGAACACACAGGAGGGUUACAAAGACAUAUCUCUAUCAAAUCCCAUCUUCUCCCCCAGUGACCUAGACAUGCAGGAGGAGGAGAUGGAUCCACAAGUGGACAAUUUCAGCUCAGUAGAUUUUCCAAGUCCUCCACCAAGCAUAGACCUUGAUGUGCAAGAUGAUAAAUUGGAGAGUUUGGAUGACUCUUUUCCCAGCCCACCACUUUCUGUUAUAGAAACAGAGGAGUUCAUCAGUCACAUUAAUGUGGACGACUUUAUUGCUGGCAUUUCCUCAGAGCACAGCGUCGAUGUCUCACAGGCACCUCUGCAAGAAUCCUCACCUGCUACAACUCAGAGUAAAGCCGACCUGAUCCUCCCCUCCGUGCAUGUAACAAUGCAUGAUGACAGUAACCUUACAUCCAGCAGUGAAAGUCAGGACGAACACAAUAACCUGUCACAGAAAACCUCAUCUGCCACUCCAUCUUUACCCCAACCUCCUCUGAACAAUCUCCCAGAGUUAUUGAUUUCUGAAUGGAAAGACUUAGACGAGGAGAACCUGGAGGAUUUUGAAAAACUGGAACAAUUGUGCUGCAUAUCUGGUGAUGAAGAGGACACGUUGGGGGAGCUUUUCUUAGGGAACCUUGAGCUCCUGGAAUCUUUGAAGAAAACAUCUGAUCAGAAAGGUUGCAGUGCUGGUGAUGAGGAUACAAAUGAAGAGAUUUGUGGCUCCUUCACUCCUGAGGGGAGCAGGGUGGAUUUAAAGGAGGAAAGAGUCUCUGAUGAUUGUGAUCAGUUGAUGGAGUCUGCACCCGUUAUCCUGGAUCCCCAAAACAGACAUUCUCCUCAAGACGAGAAAUCAUCUGGCCAAACAUCUGACAUCAAAGACCAGGGAUCUCUCUCUAAGAUGACAACAAGGAACGGCCUCAUGAUGCAGGUGUGUGAGGAGAGGCUGCAGUUCUCGCUCAGUGAAAAUGUGAAUGCAAACGUGCUCUGGGGAGCAACCAUUAAAGACACAGUGACGCUGCGGCCCUGGGGGGAACAGAUCUCAGAGAGCAGUGAGCUGGUCACUGUCACUGAGCAGACAGAGGAUGAAAGUCAAAACGAGCAGGAAUCUGUUCCCAGCGAUCAGUCUCACAUCGAGUCUGACGGAGAUGAAGCUCAACCGCUCACUGUGAUUGAACAACCUGAGGUUACAACACCUCAACCCCCUCCAAACCAGGCAAUGAAAGCUAAACUAGCUCGUCUGUCUCUCACCCUCCCUCCUCUGGCUCUGAAUCUCCCCCUCACCCCAACUGGUAAAGGGGGAUUCGGGGAUGGGACGAUCGGAAAUCGCAUCGGGAGGCGGAGAGGCCUGUCGUUAGGGAGCGACCCUGACGAUGAGGAGGAGGACGAGCAGGAGGACGAGAGCUCCCGGAGGGUGAUUGUCGUCACAGAGACAGACGUGGACAAACGUGUCGGGCUCAGGAGUCUGCUGAAGUCACCCAAGGAACCGAUGGACAGAGAAAAGGACAGAGGACGAAAUGUGUCCUUCUUUGAUGAUGUCACUGUCUAUCUCUUUGAUCAGGAAACUCCAACAAAUGAGUUGAGCAAUUCAGCGCCGACCAGUCCAGCUUCAGUGUCUGUCAAAAGCACCAAGUUUUUACAUGGGCCGAACAGCAAAAGCAAAGAAGCAAAAAGGAAAGAGGAUUUAUCGUUAAAACCUAGGUCACAUGUGGGGGCCAAUGCAGUGACAUCAUCACGCUUCACUGUCAGCCCGGCUGAUGACCCACACUUGGUGUGACGUUGCGUGUCGUAGUCGUCGUGGGAACCUUAAGAGCCGAACCUUUGUGGACUGGCCACUGAAUUAACCCCAACAACCAGCCAUUCACCCAGAGGCUAUUUUUUUAUUGAAUAGGCAACUGAAAGAAUGAGACUCCCAGUCUAACGGCUGGACACAUUCCAGAUUUUACCAGCAACAGGAUUUUGUAAGACAAGGACUGUUGUGCUCCUGCCUGCCAUUGUUUACAGAGUUUAUUCAUAGCCUUCGGCUACAAGAAUUCUUUGGAAAAGGCAGCAUAUGUUAGGAGAAGAGCAGCCUGGAGCUUUGUAAAAUCUGAAACCGAUUUGACAGCUAUGCAGUGGGAGCCAGCUUACCUUCUCUUUUUCUGCUUCAUUCUGUUGUAUAAUUCCCCAGAUGUGCGGGGAGUGCACUUUCUUUUAGUCCUUCAUCUGUCUAUGUAAACGCAGGGACUCUCAGUCCUUUCCUUAUUAAAGAUGUUGUUCAUUGCAGUCAGUCAGUCAGUCAGUCAGUUGAUCUUGUUGGCAACAGUUUGGAACAGAAAUUGGUUGACUCCUCUAUUUGAGAAUACUCAUUGACAUUUGUACAAACAUCAUAAUACAAGUGUAUACAGUAUACUUUUAGAACUGUUUACUUUUAGAUGUAUUCUUAGACUGCACGGAAAAUCAAACAAGCUAUCUUUCGUAACACUUUUAGUUCCAAAAAGGUUUAUCUUAUAUUAAUUGCACAGUAUUUAUUUAUUUAUUUAUUUAUAUAAAACCAGUUUCAAUGCAAUAUUUCAUUUAUUUUACUAUUUAUUUACAUAUUUAUUUAUUUGCUUUUGUGCAAUUAACUCAUAAUUUUAAUCUAACUAUAAUUUGUUUGGGACAGAAUGCAUCUAGAUCAUAUCUUCUCUAAGACCGUCAUAACAUAUAAAUCAAAAAUAUUUUCCCAAACGUAUUCAUUUCUAAAAAAAAAAAAAAGUAUUUUGUAUAAUUUUUCUUGUUAAUAUGCUCAUCUGUAUGGAACUAUGUCCUGUAAUGUUUGAUUAUUUUCCGAUGUCUAUGAAUUUCUAGCUGUCUCGUCAUUCUUUUAUCUUGUUUGAAGACAGUUAAUGUAGCUUAGCAUGAAAAGUCGCAGCAUUUCAUCAGUAAAUAACUCAUUUCUUUGUGAAUCUGUUAAUUUAUGCCAUUUUCUACUAAUAUGCGUCCAUCAUGCAGUUGAGGUCCAACUAGUCCAUUUGUUUAGUCAGUUUAAAUGUUGGUUUAAAACCUGUAUUGUUUAAAGAAUGGUUUUCAGGGGGUGAUGUACAAAAAGGGGGAAAUAAAAAACUACAAAAUUUGAAA